AUGGUGCUGGAAAACCGUCAUUUAAGUUUGAGAGAGGUAGCUCAUGACCUUAGCGUGUCUCACGAAUCAAUUCGCAACAUUUUACACCAUCAAUUAGGCAUGAGACGGUUGGCUGCUCGACUAGUACCAAGAGAGUUGAACUUUCUUCAAAAAAAUCUUCGGAAGAAGGUGGCUGAAGAAAUGCUUGAGCAAGUUAAUUCGGACCCAUCGUUUAUCCAGCGCAUUAUAACAGGUGAUGAAACGUGUGUAUAUGAGUUUGACAUGCAAACCAGUCAACAGGCGGCUGAAUGGCGCUAUCCACAUGAGCCGAAACCAAAAAAGCCACGUCAAAGUCAGUCAAAAGCGAAAGUCAUGCUGCUCGUUUUCUUUGAUUAUCGUGUUGUCUACUCGGAAUUCGUUCCAAAUGGUUCUUCGAAUGUCAUGGGCUUUAUGAAAGAAAUAGAUACAAUUUUAAGCAAGUUGGAAGAAGCUGAUGAACACGUGUCCGACGAGAUGGCUGUAUCUAAAAAAAUGGACAGUUGGGAAAAAGAUCAGGCUAGGCUGCUGAAGAUUGUUGAGGAAAUGAAUAGUGGAUCAAGCAACAGUGAGUCUGAAUCUGAUGCUGACAGUGCUGAAAAUAACAAUUCGGAUAGUGAAGAUGAUGAAUCAACUACAGAUGAGGAAUAUGAAGCACCAGAAGAACCAGAAAAUGAUGAGACAUGGCAUACCAAUACAACAUCUAUAAGAAACUUUUCUUUUGAUGCAGAUGCCGCUGGGAUUCUUUUGGAUAUAGAAGAAAAUGUUUCUCCAAUUCAGGUUUUUGAAAAAAUAUGGGAUGACCAAGUAAUGGAAAUGAUUAUAAAAUCUACGAAUGAUUACGGCAUAAAACUUUGCAAUCAAGCACGGCCACAUACAAGGCAUAGUAGAAAGGCAAAUUUCAAAAAUACUGAUAUGAUCGAAAUGAGAAAGUUUUUAGGUUUGUGUUUGCUUCAGUCCCAGCUAAAAUUCUCCAGCAUUAGAAAACUCUUUUCCAUUGAUGCAUUACAUUACCACCCAGCAUUUCCGUCACAAAUGUCUGGAAGGAGGUUUGAGCAAAUAUUGAGGUGUUUUUGUGUUGAGGAAGAAAAUUCAAACGACCCUUUGAGGAAAAUAAAAAUAUUUCUUGAUUUGCUCAUACAAAAGUUUGCGAAUGCAUAUGCACCAAAUGAAGCAUUAUCAUUAGAUGAAUCGUUGUUAUUAUUUCGAGGAAGGCUUUAUUUUCACACGUACAUGAAAGGCAAAAAGGCAAAAUACGGAAUUAAAUUCUAUGAACUUUGUUCAGCCCAAGGUUACGUUUUGAAUAUAGAAGUAUACAAAGGCCAUCGAGAAAACGAUGAAAACAUGACAACUAUUGAAAGUCUUGUGAUGCGAUUGAUGCAGUCAUACUUAAACAAAGGCCAUCAUUUGUUCAUGGAUAAUUAUUACAACAGUCUACCAUUGUCUAACAAAUUACUUAGCAAAAAGACACAUGUGACAGGAACUCUUCGUGUAAAUAGGAAGGGUCUGCCACAAGAAAUAACACGUCGUAAGCUUAGAAAAGGAGAACAUGUAUGGCGACGCCAAAAUCAGACUUAUGUGUCCAAAUGGAAAGAUAAACGGGAUGUGCUAUGUCUAACAACAGCUUACCACCCAAGCAUGAUAAACACAGCUAACCGGCGACAACAGGAAAAGAGAAAACCAAUUGAAAUAGUGAAUUAUAAUCAGAAUAUGUUAGGUGUAGACAGAGCAGAUCAGAUGAUGUCCUAUUAUUCCUGUCCACGGAAGACAAUUAGAUGGUAUAAAAAGGUAAUCUUUCAUCUACUGGAUGUAGCAGUAUGGAAUUCUUUCUACAUCUUUAAAGAAAAGACAGGUUCUCAAAUGAAGUAUAUAGAGUACAGGGAAGCAAUCAUACGAUCUCUAACUGGUAUAGAUAAUAAACGGGAUGGAAGAACUUUGGUUCAAUUUAAACGUGCACAAAUCCAAACCAAUGAAAUCAACAAUGGAACACAGCAUUUUCCUGAGAAAAUUUCACCUCCUGAAAAUUAUCAGCGAAAAACAUAUUUUCAGCGUUGUAAACAAUGUUAUAAACAGGGAAUAAGGAGGGAAACAUCAUAUUGCUGCAAGAAUUGCAUGUCAAAACCUGCACUGUGUCCUGCACCAUGCUUUGAAACAUGGCAUACCGAAAAUAAUGUAUAA